ACAACAAACAAGAAACUUUCGCAAGAUGCCAUCAAACGUUGAAAUAAAAGCUAAAGUUUCCGACUAUAAGCACUUUCUAUCGCUUUUGGAAAAUCUCAGUGGAAAAACAGGUGAAGUAAUUCUCCAGGAAGAUAUCUUUUUUCAUUCACCACAAAAUAGACUAAAGCUGCGUAUUUUGAAAAAUAGCCCGUCACAACUGAUAUCAUAUUCAAGGCCAGAUCAAGUUGGUCCUAAACUGUCAAAAUUUUUCAUUUCUGAAAUUUCCAAACCAAAUGACUUAAAGAUUGUACUAAGCACAUCACUUGGUAUAAAAGGUGUCAUUAAGAAAGAACGACUUUUGUUUCAUGCUGGACAAACCAGGAUACAUUUGGAUAAAGUAGAGAAUUUAGGAUGCUUUGUGGAGUUAGAGGUAAUAUUACGUGAAGAUCAGACGUGUGAAGAGGCAGGCAAAAUAGUCGAAGACUUGAUGCAGAAAUUAAACGUUAAAGAAAGUGAUUUGAUAAAAUGCGCCUAUAUUGAUCUUCUCGAACAAAUAUCUGAGGAUUUAUGACCAGGAGGUACAUCUCGACGUUCAUGGGAUGCCUAUGGAUAAGUAAUGUAUUGUACACUAAUGGAUAUCUAAUGGAUACUCAAAAUGGAGUUGCUUUGCUUCAUGCACAGGAAUGUCGCAAAUACCUUCAUAUUAUCAGCAUUUUUACCAGUCGACGCAACGAUGACAUAACGUGAGUUGUGACUGGCUCGCAUGAGUUCUGAUGUAGCUGGCAUGAGUUGUGAUGUAGGUAGCAUGAGUUGUGAUGUAGGUAGCAUGAGUUGUGACGUAGCUGGCAUGAGUUGUGAUGUAGUAGCAUGAGUUGUGACGUCGCUAGCAUGAGUUGUAACGUAAGUUUGUGUUAACGUCGCUAGGGUAGAUCAGAUGUGACUAGUAAAUUCUCAUAUCAUUUAAAAGCCGAUCAGUUGCAGAAUAAAAUUAUGAGGACAAAUGGAAAUGUGAUUUUCUCGUUUUCUAAUUAGCGUUUUCCCUUGGGGAAUACUGUAUCUAAAUAGUCUUUAUCUAUAAUUGAUUAUAAUACAACUUUCCUAUACAUUGAA